CUCUGUAGUCGCCGCGGAGAGUCGGUGUGUCCGCGGGCUGCCGGCCGCGUAGUAAACCCCAGUUCUCUGUGGCCCGCGGUUCGCCGCCCCUCUCGCCGCCACGAUGCCGGUGUUCCACACGCGCACGAUCGAGAGCAUCCUGGAGCCGGUGGCGCAGCAGAUCUCGCACCUGGUGAUCAUGCACGAGGAGGGCGAGGUGGACGGCAAAGCCAUCCCUGACCUCACCGCGCCCGUCGCCGCCGUGCAGGCGGCCGUCAGCAACCUGGUUCGGGUUGGAAAAGAGACUGUUCAGACGACAGAGGAUCAGAUCUUGAAGAGAGAUAUGCCACCAGCAUUUAUUAAGGUUGAGAACGCUUGCACCAAACUGGUCCAGGCUGCCCAGAUGCUGCAGUCAGACCCUUACUCAGUGCCCGCGCGGGAUUAUCUCAUUGAUGGGUCAAGGGGAAUCCUCUCUGGCACGUCAGACCUGCUCCUCACCUUCGACGAGGCUGAGGUGCGUAAAAUUAUUCGAGUUUGCAAAGGAAUUUUGGAAUAUCUUACAGUGGCAGAGGUGGUGGAGACUAUGGAAGAUUUAGUUACUUACACGAAGAAUCUUGGGCCAGGAAUGACUAAGAUGGCCAAAAUGAUCGACGAGAGGCAGCAGGAGCUGACACACCAGGAGCAUCGAGUGAUGCUGGUGAACUCAAUGAACACCGUCAAAGAGUUACUGCCGGUUCUCAUUUCAGCUAUGAAGAUUUUUGUAACAACUAAAAACUCAAAAAACCAAGGGAUAGAAGAAGCUUUGAAAAAUCGCAAUUUUACUGUAGAAAAGAUGAGUACUGAAAUCAAUGAGAUCAUCCGGGUGUUGCAGCUCACAUCUUGGGAUGAAGAUGCGUGGGCCAGCAAGGACACUGAAGCCAUGAAGAGAGCAUUGGCCUCCAUAGACUCCAAACUGAACCAGGCCAAAGGGUGGCUCCGUGACCCCGGCGCCUCCCCAGGGGAUGCUGGCGAGCAGGCCAUCAGACAGAUCUUAGAUGAAGCUGGGAAAGUUGGUGAGCUCUGCGCAGGCAAAGAGCGCAGGGAGAUCCUCGGAACUUGCAAAAUGCUGGGGCAGAUGACCGAUCAAGUGGCUGACCUCCGAGCCAGAGGACAAGGAGCCUCCCCUGUGGCCAUGCAGAAAGCCCAGCAGGUGUCCCAGGGGCUGGACGUGCUCACUGCGAAGGUGGAGAAUGCCGCCCGCAAGCUGGAAGCCAUGACAAACUCAAAGCAGAGCAUUGCGAAGAAGAUCGACUCCGCUCAGAACUGGCUUGCAGAUCCAAACGGGGGGCCAGAAGGGGAAGAACAGAUUCGAGGGGCUUUGACUGAAGCUCGGAAAAUAGCGGAAUUAUGUGAUGAUCCAAAAGAGAGGGAUGACAUCAUGCGUUCUCUUGGAGAGAUUUCUGCUCUGACUUCUAAAUUAACAGACCUGCGCAGACAGGGGAAAGGAGAUUCCCCAGAGGCCCGAGCACUGGCCAAACAGGUGGCCACUGCCUUGCAGAACCUGCAGAGCAAAACCAAUAGGGCCGUGGCCAACAGCAGGCCCACCAAGGCUGCUGUCCAUCUUGAGGGCAAGAUCGAGCAAGCACAUCGGUGGAUUGAUAACCCCACAGUGGACGACCGGGGAGUUGGUCAGGCUGCCAUCCGGGGGCUGGUGGCUGAAGGGCAUCGGCUGGCUAAUGUCAUGAUGGGACCUUAUCGCCAAGAUCUUCUUGCAAAGUGUGACCGCGUGGAUCAGCUGACAGCUCAGCUGGCCGAUCUGGCUGCCAGAGGGGAAGGGGAGAGCCCCCAGGCUAGAGCACUGGCGUCUCAGCUUCAGGAUUCAUUGAAGGACCUGAAAGCCCAGAUGCAGGAGGCCAUGACCCAGGAGGUGUCAGAUGUCUUCAGUGAUACCACAACCCCCAUCAAGCUGCUGGCGGUGGCGGCCACUGCCCCUCCCGAUGCUCCCAACAGGGAAGAGGUGUUCGACGAAAGGGCAGCUAACUUUGAGAACCACUCAGGCCGGCUUGGUGCCACAGCAGAGAAGGCAGCCGCUGUUGGAACAGCAAAUAAGUCGACAGUGGAAGGUAUCCAGGCGUCGGUGAAGACCGCCCGAGAACUCACUCCUCAGGUCGUCUCAGCUGCCCGCAUCUUACUUAGGAACCCUGGAAACCAGGCUGCUUACGAACACUUUGAGACCAUGAAAAACCAGUGGAUCGAUAAUGUGGAGAAGAUGACAGGGUUGGUGGACGAAGCCAUCGACACCAAGUCUCUGUUGGAUGCUUCCGAAGAAGCGAUUAAAAAAGACCUGGACAAGUGUAAAGUGGCCAUGGCUAACAUUCAGCCGCAGAUGCUGGUCGCAGGGGCAACCAGCAUCGCUCGCAGGGCCAACCGGAUCCUGCUGGUGGCCAAGAGGGAAGUGGAGAACUCGGAGGACCCCAAGUUCAGGGAGGCCGUGAAAGCCGCCUCGGAUGAGCUGAGUAAAACCAUCUCGCCAAUGGUGAUGGAUGCCAAGGCUGUGGCAGGCAACAUCUCUGACCCAGGUCUGCAGAAGAGCUUCCUGGACUCGGGAUACCGGAUCCUGGGAGCAGUCGCCAAGGUUCGAGAAGCCUUCCAGCCUCAGGAGCCCGACUUCCCCCCGCCGCCACCAGACCUCGACCAGCUCCGAUUGGCAGAUGAGCUUGCUCCUCCCAAACCACCUCUGCCUGAGGGUGAAGUUCCUCCGCCCAGGCCCCCGCCGCCCGAGGAGAAGGAUGAGGAGUUCCCUGAGCAGAAAGCCGGGGAGGUGAUCAACCAGCCCAUGAUGAUGGCUGCCAGGCAGCUCCAUGAUGAAGCCCGAAAAUGGUCCAGCAAGCCGGGUAAUGCAGCCUCCGAGGUGGGUAUGGGCAGCGUCCCAGAGGCAGACGCGGCUGAUGCUGUCGGGUUCCUUGUCCCCCCUGACAUGGAAGACGAUUACGAACCUGAGCUGCUGGUAAUACCAUCCAACCAGCCGGUCAACCUGCCCAUUCUGGCCGCAGCUCAGUCCUUGCACCGGGAAGCCACCAAGUGGUCUAGUAAGGGCAAUGACAUCAUUGCAGCAGCCAAGCGCAUGGCUCUGCUGAUGGCUGAGAUGUCUCGGCUGGUAAGAGGGGGCAGCGGCACCAAGCGGGCACUGAUCCAGUGUGCCAAGGACAUUGCCAAAGCCUCCGAUGAGGUGACUCGGUUGGCCAAAGAAGUUGCCAAGCAGUGCACGGAUAAGCGGAUUAGAACCAACCUCUUGCAGGUGUGUGAACGAAUUCCCACCAUCAGCACCCAGCUCAAAAUCCUGUCGACAGUGAAGGCCACCAUGCUGGGCCGGACCAACAUCAGCGAUGAGGAGUCCGAGCAGGCCACAGAGAUGCUGGUUCACAAUGCCCAGAACCUCAUGCAGUCUGUGAAGGAGACCGUUCGUGAAGCGGAAGCAGCUUCAAUCAAAAUCCGAACAGAUGCUGGGUUCACACUGCGUUGGGUUCGAAAGACUCCCUGGUACCAAUAAGCACGUGCUCGAACCGAGAUGGCCAGAGCCCCACUAAACAGAAUGAAAUGCCCCGAGGCCCGGAGCCGUCCAGAAUCGCUGGGGGCUCAACAAACCCCAUUCUGGCUUGACCUAACAGAAAGGAAAAGGGCUUCUUCACACUAGGAACAUUUAUUCUCUUGUUAUGGACCCUCACAGCGUCUCUGCAUAAGCCUGUUCUCUCACGCACACUGCCUUGGUGGUGGCGCGGUGGCGCCGUGGACUUCACGUGAGCUCCGAGCCCCAGUGAACACUAACUAGCCCUUGCUCUGCUCCCUUCCCUCACCCACCCGUCCCGCCAGACAAGGAGGAUCUGGGGCGCAGUUCGGAGGAAAUCACUGGGCCUCCAGUUGUUUUGGGCUUUCACGCCGUGCCACUGAGGCCCCUCUUGGAAGAGCUUUGCUUGCUCCGGAGAAGGUGGUCUCUGGAGCCCCCACAUUUGCAGCCCACUGCAGUCCUACCACAGUACCAGCCAGACUUGCUCCUGGCAGAGUGGGGCGCAAUCCUGGGAGUCUUUUUCCUGUGCCCCGGAGCAGCAUCUGUGCUAGGGGUGCUGUGCAAUCCUGCUUAGUCCGCCCCCCACCCCCAAGGCAGCCAACCCACAGGGACGCUCUGCGUGCUGGUGCUUUCUGCUCUGAGGCAGCCGGGCCCAGCGCCUCGCUGCCCGCAGAGGCCUGUGCUGAGGCCUUAUCACUCACUCUUAGUUUGUGUUGUUCUUUUGGAGCUGAAAUGCAUUUUAUCAGGUAAGCAACUCUACAGAUAUGCUGAGGGCCUUGAAAGUAAUCUUCAUCAGGUCAAAGGAAUAAAGGAAGCCUGUGAGUACAGUACCAACUUAAGACAAGCUUUUUACAUGUGCGUUGCAUUUAAUUUUUAACCAAAUCGUGUCUCCUAGCUUUUGUUGGACUCCCUGCUUCCCCGUGUUUGUUCAGCUGUCCUUGUGAGACACCUGUUUGAUCCCUGGGAAAUUUCAGUCCUGCAAAUUGGUGCUUGCCUCCCCCUAAGUAUCGAAUGCACUGCUGCGGGUGACCCUGUCCCAAGGACACUCCUGACCUAAGUGGGAGCACUACACAGCCUGGAGGGAGUCCAUGGAAGCAACCCUCACUUCUGCCCCCCCCUUCCCCCAGCCCACUGCAGCUGCAUUCACAGCCGCGCCUCCCCCUGACUGUGCAAGAGAAUUAGGCUUAUUUUUUCAUCACCACCACAGUAUGUUUCUAUGAGCAAAAAGCAGUUUCUCCCUUUUCUGUACUUUUCACUGCUGUAAGCAUUCCCCAGCACAUGAAACUUUUUCUUCCCAAAGCCAGAAGCAGAUGAAUAAAGAAGAACCCCUGCCCGAAUGUCUCUCUCCCCAACACACAUGUAAAAACCUUGUCUUAAGUUGGUACUGUACUCUCAGGCUUCCUUUAUUCCCUUUGACCCGAUGAAGAUUACUUUCAAGGCCCUCAGCAUACUUGUAGAGUUGCUUACCUGAUAAAAUGCAACAUUAAUGCCUUUAAAGUAAGAAUCUAUGCCAAAGAUCAUCUUUUGUUUUACUGAAGAUUAGUUAGAAGAAAGAAGAAAAAUCAUGUUGCUCUCCAAGUUCUUCCAGCGUAUCGAGACACUGGCUUAUACUUCAUGCUGAUGUACUUUUCUCUAAUAUCAGUGCUCAAGGCAUAGUAAAGCAAAUUGGUGGGUGGAGUUGGGCGUAGGGAGAACCAUCGAACAAGUAGACAUCGCCACUAAAAAACAACAACAAACUACAUUUAUAUCCUAGUAUUUGUUAUAUGGAAAUAUUUUCUGCCUCUUCUUCUGUUCUGUUUAAAACUAAAUAAAGUGCAUUUGUAUAAAUAAUGUCUUAAAUGGUUGGUGUUAUUGUUGUAAAAAUUCUUCUUACAGGUUUCUUCUGUGUUUCAGGAUUAACCAUUAAAACUAAUUUGCAAGAUAUGGAAACUAAAGA